AUGCUCCCCACCGGUGUCCGGCCGUCGCUGAAUGCGACCGUGGAAGAUGAUGAGGGAAACGAGCGUAAUACGAAUCCUAUGGAUACUGCAGGUGGGACGCAGUAUUCAUGGCCCGAGCUUUGCUCGCGACAUGAUUCCGUUCUUACAUCGCACUUGGAAAUGUUGUCUACGGUAAAGAGUAAUCUCGCGAGGGAGGGGGAGACCUUUCGGAUGAUUUCUACGAUGGUUGAGAAAACAAAUAAAAUGAUCACUCAAUUUAAGGUUCUGAAGACUCAGAUGCAAAGAUCAAGAAGUAGUGGUGCGUUUGGGACGGCGCCCGAUCUAUCCCCUACUAACUCUUCCGAUUCCCCAUCGGCAACGGCGACAUCAUCAUGCCGAAUGGGUGAGGCCCCUGCACCGGUCCGGCCGAAACGGAGGAAACGAGUGUUAGUAGAAUCAAACGAAGCGGCAUCCCGCUACGAUGAUGACAUGUCAUCCGCUGAAAUGCUACGUGCUCAUAAACAGAAAAGGCUUGACGUUUCACUACCGGGAGGUGAUGAGGAUGUGAGAAAUGUAACGCCAGUUUCAAUGGAAACUGAAGACAUCUCUGCAGAGGUCCAGCGCCGUUUGAAGCUCAAAGAAGAGCAGCGCAAAAAGCGACAUUCCAAGCCAGAGAAGAGGAAACGGGGCAGUCUCACGUCAAAUGGAAGCACUUCUCCCGGAAAUGUGUCAAAACCGCGCAAGAAAGCUAAAGUUGACAUUUCGCAUGGGGUGUUUGGAAUGCAGUCUUAG